AUGGGAAAGAAACGAGCCUUAGUAGCUUAUGGGGUGGACAUCGAUGCCGUCGCUGGAUGGCUCGGAUCGUAUGGUGGUGAAGAUUCAACAAGCGAUAUUAGUAGAGGCAUUUUCGCUGGUACUCACGGAAGUCGGCGCCUUCUUAAACUCUUUGAAAAGUACAAUAUCAAGGCGACUUGGUUUAUUCCCGGACACAGUCUCGAGACAUUUCCUGAAGAAUGUGCGAUGGUCCGUGACGCUGGCCACGAAAUCGGCCUCCACGGAUAUUCUCACGAAAACCCGUCAGAUAUGACGUUCCAGCAACAAAGGGACGUUCUGGAUAAGACCUUCCGCCUACUCACUGAUUUCUGUGGCAAGCCACCGCGCGGCAGCGUAGCGCCGUGGUGGGAAGUAAGCGAGGCUGGAACUGAACUCUUACUCAGUUAUGGGAUUGAGUACGAUCAUUCAAUGGGCCAUGAGGACUGCCAGAUGUACUGGCUUCGGACGGGCGAUUCCUGGACGAAGAUCGACUAUGCGAAGACAGCAGCCGAGUGGAUGAAGCCUCUCGUCAAAGGUAAAAUGACGGGACUAGUUGAGAUCCCGGGGUCCUGGUAUAUUGACGACUUACCACCGAUGAUGUUUAUCAAAAACUCUGCGAAUAGUCAUGGGUGGGUGAAUCCAAGGGACAUAGAGGAUAUCUGGAAGGACCAUUUUGACUAUUACUAUCGAGAGUUCGACGAGUUUGUAUUCCCUAUGACCAUCCACCCCGAUGUUUCUGGUCGACCGCAUGUCUUGCUUAUGCAUGAAAGGAUAAUCGAGUACAUCAACAAACACGAAGGAGUGGAAUGGGUGACAAUGGGGCAGAUGUGUGAUGACUUCAAGAGCAAAAAUCCGGUCCCUGAAGGUGCCAUGAUGCCCGCUCCUCCAGGAGAGAUCUUGAAGAAAACCGCUUUAGAGAACUGA